ACGAUACUAUAGGAAAAUCCCAACAACAAACGUGACAAAGCUGUGAUUGACAAUUGACAGUUCGUUUUGUACGCAUAUUUGACGACUUCUAAAAUUCGUGUACAUUAGAAAUUUUUCAUUCUAAAUUAUUAUAAGGAAAAAUAGCUGUGAUGCCUGGUAAUUCAUGUUCAGUGUGUAAAUAUAGCUGGAAUAAUACCGUUUCAAUGUUCUCGCCUCCACGCGAUGAAUAUAUGAGAGGUAAAUGGGAAGUAGCGAUUGGCAUCAAGCUAACACAAAGUUCAAGAUUGUGCUCCAAACACUUUUGUGCAAACGAUUUCACAUCGGCAAACCCAAAAAGAGCACGAUUACAAUCAGACGCAGUGCCCUCGAUGAAUUUAUCGAGAGCAAGUGUUGAAAGGCGUAAAUCGCGAGAUUGUUUAAGCGCCAUAGACAGUUAUAGGAAAAACCGAGCUUCUAUGGAACAACUAUUAUUCUUUGUAAACUUUGCAAGUAAGAACCCGAAGAUAUUAACAUCGAAGUUCGGCGCUGUAAGUCACUUAUGGGAAGGAUUGGCGAGAAAUUUGAAUUCAAUGGAUGGCGCUUGUCGUUCAGCUGAUAAAUGGAAAGAGUCUAUGAGCACUUGGCGCAGUCAACUAAGGUGUCGGGCACGCCGUGGCAAAAGUAGCGGGGUUCCACAAUUUGAUGAAUUCGCUUUAUGGAACUUCGGUCAGCGCUCAUUAAAUGAAGAAGUGAAUUUAGUUAUUAAUUCCACAAACAAUGACGCUGUUGCUGAGGACGUUGGUGCAGAAAACAUGGUGAACAAAGCAGACCAUAUUAAAGGCGUUUUAAAAACGGAAUUGGUCAAGAUCAAAAAAGAAAUUGAUAGCUCUGAAGAGGACAAUAGUCGGCUAGAUGACUUUCAAGUUGACGCCGCACAUAGUUUUGAGGAAACAUUAGAUAUCAAACAUGAUAUUGUACUUUCGGAUGACAAUAACCAAACGGAGGCGAAUCACUCUAAUAUGGUAGAAGAUAUUCCAACAUUGGACUUCCCGGGCACUUCCCGUUCAGAAAUAUUUGUUAUUCCCCGCCAAACAGUGACCAAAGAAACGGAAAAGGCAAAAAUAUUUAUUAUUCCGCGCACAUCAACUGAAAACAAUACGCCUACAAGAACCGAUAAUCAAAGAAAAAUUAUACAGCUCGGUACCUCAAGUGUUUCAAAAAACACAGAGGAUAGCUCACAAGGAAUUAUUAUUUUACCGUCACAUUCAAAUACUUCAAAGGUUUCGUCCAACUUAAAAGUUUUGUCAAGUUUGGAAAACAAACACACAUCUGACACACAGUCCGCAUCGUCGCCUGAACUACAAGUACCCGGAAGUACGACAAAUGCUUCUAAAACACGAAAAUCGGCAACACUGAGUGAUAUGUACGAAACCCUUUUAGAGAGUAUGAAAAGACGUGACCAGCGGGAGGAACAAUUCAUAACUGUGAUACAAGGAUUAACAGACGCUGUGACAAAAAUGGCUGAUAACGUAAAGCGGCUAGAAGAGGUCUUGACGUUCUGUGCAAAUGAUUCAUAAGGAACAAGCCAAACAACAGAGGGACAUCCUUAAUAUUACAUAUAUUUAUAAUAUUUAACUGCAAUGAACUGUGAAUUAUAAUCAGAAGUAUAAUAAAUAACUUAAUUCAACUCAAAAUUGCAUUUUAUUUCGUUUAUACACACAUGCGCUUCAAAUUCUAAUUUGACGCCUGAAAGCAUGCAACGGCACACAAUUGCACGUUUAUUUAUGUGCAGCCGCUUGAUGUCGCACAAAUCGGUCAUCCGGCGCCUGAAAGUAUGCAACGGAGAUGCCGCCCGAAAAGUGCCGGUCACCUUCUGCACGGUUCUGCGCGCCUGGUGCAUUGAGCUGGUCGCACCGUGUGCCACAAAAAUUUCAGCCGCGCACUUAAGCCGGACUCCAUGUCAUGCGUUAUACAUAAAAA